GCAAAUCAAUAACGAUUCUCGCCAUCGCAAGUCAAGAAUCGAAGUAGCUAUACACACACAACCAAGGGACGAGUCGCCCUCAACCCGACUCUCCCUCACUUCCGUCUCCUCCUUACAUCUCUCUAAUCAUCCUCUCCCACCGACACAAUGUCAGCCAUCCUCUCAGCCGACGACCUAAACGACUUCAUCUCCCCAGGCGUAGCCUGCAUCAAACCCAUCGAAACCCUCCCCGCCGCCCCUCCACCCCCAACCGAUCUCGAACAUGAAGUCAUCCUCGACGGCCAACCCGGCUCCAACCCCGGCGCUGACGCCGGUCCCGCCCAGAUCUCGCUCACAGACUGUCUAGCCUGCUCCGGAUGCGUCACCUCCGCCGAAGCUGUCCUCGUUAGUCUACAAAGCCACGCCGAGCUCCUCCACGUCCUCGACAGCGCUCCUUCACUACGCGUCACAACACAGCCGGAUGGCGGGUUCAAAGUCGCUGGGCUAGAGGACCCGAAGGCGAAACUCUUCGUCGCGAGCGUGUCGCCACAGACGCGUGCGAGCUUGGCUGCGGUUGCGGGAAGCGGGGUUGGGGAGCGUGGGGCCGGGAAUAUGAUUGCGCAGCUGUUAUCUGGAGCGCGGGGGUUGCGCGCGGGUGGGAGGUUUGGGAAUGCGUUUGAGUGGGUUGUGGAUACGAAUGCGGCGAGGAAGGCUUGUCUUGUGUUGGGUGCUGAAGAGGCGGUUGAGUGUUCUAAUCAGGUUAACGGUAUGGGGAAUGGGAAUGGGAAUGGGAGUGAAAGUGGGAAAGGGAAGAAUAAGCCUACGAAACCGGUCUUGACGUCGAGUUGUCCGGGCUGGGUGUGCUAUGCUGAGAAGACGCACCCGCAUGUGCUGCCGCACAUAUCGCGAGUUAAAUCCCCACAGGCACUCAUGGGCACGCUGCUCAAGACCGUGCUUAGCCGCACGCUGGGAAUACCCCCGGAUCGCAUAUGGCACUUAGCGGUGAUGCCGUGCUUUGACAAGAAACUAGAGGCGAGUCGCGAGGAGCUCACGGACGCGGCGUGGGGUGGGGGCGGGAAGCCCGGGAAGGGGGUUAGGGACGUGGAUUGUGUCAUCACGAGCAAGGAGAUCUUAAUGUUGACGGAGUCGCGAAACAUUGAUUUCUUCGGAUUACCCAGAGCCCCGGUCUCUGCCUCGUUACAAACCCCUUUCCCCGAUCUUACACUACACCGUUUUCUCUUCCCCGCCAGCUCCUCGAAGAGCCAAUUCGACCCCUGGGCGGGGACUUCGGGGGGUAAUCUAUAUUACACAUUAAAUUAUGUUUCCGCGCAACACCCUGACUCCAAGAUCGAGACUAUACGUGGUCGCAACGCCGAUGUCGUCGAGUACACGGUUAAUUCGGCAGAUGGACAACCUGUGUUCAAGGCCGCGAGGUACUACGGCUUUCGAAACAUUCAAAACCUGGUUCGCAAGUUGAAGCCGGCCAAGGUAUCGCGAAUGCCUGGUGCUAGGACAGCAGGGGCCAGAAAACCAGCGGGAAAGCAGACAGGAUUGGAAUACGCCUAUGUUGAGGUCAUGGCUUGUCCCGGAGGCUGCACCAAUGGUGGUGGGCAGGUCAAGGUUGACGACCCAGUAGUAAUGGAACGGAAGGGUUUAGAGUCUAAGCCCGGACCACAAGAGCAGAAGCAGUGGUUGGCGCAAGUUGACGAGGCAUACUUUUCCGCCGACGAUUCAGACUUUGACUCGGAGAUCGAUAGCGGGAAUCCCGCGGCGGUGAACGGAGGACAGGUACAAGAAGGCGGUAGCAUGGUUGGUAGCAUUUCCCCAGCAUACAUUCGAGAUACCCUGGCGCAUUGGGCAAGCAUAACUGGCAUAGAGGUCGACAAAUUGGUUUACACGAGCUAUCGCGAGGUGGUGAGCGAUGUUGGCAAGGACAAGGCGGCAGGUGCCACGGAAAGGGUCGUCCAGUUAGCUGGCAAGAUCGGUGGUGGCUGGUAGUCUGGUGCUUGUAGUUUUCUGCAUGUA